CGCGAGUACCCACACUCUCUCUCCCCUGUUCAAGCCAACCAAAAUCCCUUCUGCUCCGUUCAAAUUCAAGAAUCCAUUCACCUUACAAAUUCAAAAACUAACCUGAAAACAAAUACUUUUUCUCUCUUGCUCUUUUUCUCUGAUUCCCUUAUGGCUAUUCUGAUGCCGGAAACACUAACCAGAGACCAGUGCGUUUACAUGGCCAAACUAGCCGAGCAAGCCGAACGGUAUGAGGAGAUGGUCCAGUUCAUGGAAAAGCUUGUCAUUUCCUCAACUCCUGGCUCUGAGCUUACCGUCGAGGAGCGGAAUCUUCUCUCUGUGGCCUACAAGAACGUAAUCGGCUCUCUUCGCGCUGCUUGGAGGAUCGUGUCGUCGAUCGAACAGAAGGAGGAGAGUCGCAAGAACGAGGAGCACGUGGCGCUUGUGGAAGGGUAUAGAUCGAAGAUUGAGACCGAGUUAUCGGCUGUUUGCGCCGGAAUUUUGAAGAAUCUGGACUCUAAUUUGAUUGCGUCGGCAGCGGCGAGUGAAUCCAAGGUGUUUUACUUGAAGAUGAAGGGAGAUUAUCAUAGGUACUUGGCGGAGUUUAAAGUUGGGGAUGAGAGGAAAGCUGCUGCUGAGGAUACUAUGCUGGCUUACAAGGCUGCUCAGGAUAUUGCUCUUGCCGAGCUUUCACCAACGCACCCUAUAAGGUUGGGGUUGGCACUUAAUUACUCAGUGUUUUACUAUGAGAUACUCAAUUCAUCAGAAAAGGCUUGUAGCAUGGCAAAGCAGGCAUUUGAGGAAGCCAUUGCUGAGCUGGACACUUUGGGUGAGGAAUCCUACAAAGAUAGUACUCUCAUCAUGCAACUGCUAAGGGAUAACCUUACUCUCUGGACUUCAGAUAUGCAGGAGCAGAUAGAUGAGGCAUAGAUGGAAGGAAUUCUCUUGGCUCUUCCAAGUGGUGAGCUAGAAUUCUUAUGAACUGUAAUCUAAAUUAUGGCAUGUUUGUGUAAAAUUUGCUUUGGUUUCAGCAUCCCGACAGUUCCAAAGAUCGCGCUAGCUAUGGUUAGAAAUGAACGAAUUUCAAUUCCCUGUUGAGUAAUUGAUCAAUCAUAGUAGUGAUGAAUCUUCAAAUUCUGGUUAUAAAUAUCAUAUAUACUUUCUUAAGGUGGUAUUUUGAUUCUGAAUAGUAACCUACAUGUCUGUCUGUGAUGCCCA